UUUUAUCCAAAGGACUGGCUGUCCCACAGGCUGCUCAAGCACCAUGCCAGCCAAACCUGCCCCCAUCAAGAAAGCACCCGCCAAGAAGGCAGCUCCAAAGGCAGCGGAGAAGCCGGCGGCGCCUGCCCCUGCCCCCGCUCCUGCUCCUGAACCCGCCCCUGCUCCUGAACCCACACCUGCACCCGCAGAGCCUGCACCUGCGCCGGCUGCGGAAGCUCCAGCUGAAGCAGCCUCUCCUGCAGAAGGAGCUCCGGCCCCACCAGCGGAGGGCGACGCAGCACCCGCUCCCCCGGCAGAGAAAAAGCCUGCAGAAGAACUCGCAGCUCCACCACCCCCACCUCCUGAGCCAGAAAAGCCAAAAGAUGAGCCCACCUCUGAGCCUCUAGGUUUGACUGUGGAGGAUGUCAACGAUACUUCCGCGACAAUCAAAUGGAGACCCCCGGAGAAUAUUGGUGCCUCGGGGCUUGAUGGAUAUACAGUGGAAUAUUGCAAAGAUGGAACUCAAGACUGGGUGGUAGCUAACCAAGAAGUCAUUGUUUCCAACCGCUAUGUCAUCAAAAACCUGACCGCUGGUGAUAAACUGCACAUCCGCGUAAAGGCUGUCAACCCUGGAGGAGCCAGCGCCCCUGCUGUCCUCGAACAGCCUGUUGUAAUUCGGGAGAUCAUUGAUCGUCCCAAACUUCGCCUUCCACGCAACCUGAGAACGACCUUUGUCAAGAAAGUGGGCGAGCAGGUCAAUCUUGUCAUCCCUUUCCAUGGCAAACCAAAACCUCAGGUGAUCUGGACAAAGGAUGGCCAGCCCUUGGAUCCUAAGAGGGCCAGUGUGCGCAACAGUGACACGGACACCAUCUUGUUCAUCCGUAAGAGUGAGAGGAAGGACUCUGGCAAGUACGAAGUAACAGUGAAGAUUGAAAGCCUGGAGGACAAGGCUACCAUUGCCAUUCAGAUUGUAGAGAAGCCAGGUCCUCCCCAGAGCAUUAAGCUGGUGGAUGUGUGGGGCUUCAAUGCCGCCCUGGAGUGGACCCCACCCAGGGAUGAUGGAAACACAGAAAUCACUGGCUACACAGUCCAGAAAGCUGACAAAAAGACCGGAGACUGGUUUACUGUCCUGGAGCACUAUCACAGGCUAAACUGUACAGUUUCAGACCUCAUCAUGGGCAAUUCCUACUACUUCAGAGUCUUCUCCGAAAACCAGUGUGGCCUGAGUGAGGACGCAGCUGUAACAAAGACUCUGGCUUAUGUUCAGAAAACAGGCAUUCUUUACAAACCAUCAGAGCACAAGGAACAUGACUUCAAUGAACCUCCUAAGUUCACACAGCCACUGAAUAACAGGUGUGCAACAAUUGGCUACACCACCAAGCUGCUGUGUGCUGUGAGGGGAAAUCCAAAGCCCAAGAUUGAGUGGAUGAAAAACCAGAUGGUGAUUGGCGAUGAUCCCAAAUACAGGCAGUUAACCACCCAGGGCCUGUGCACCUUGGAGAUCCGAAAGCCCUCCACCUUUGAUGGGGGUGUCUACACUUGCAAAGCUACCAAUGCACUGGGGGAGGCUACUGUUGACUGCAAGCUUGAUGUCAAAGCAGUCCAGCCACCUGCAAGCAAAUAGACUCCCAUCGGAACAUACAGUAUAAAGAAAGACUAUGAAGGUGUUUGAAAGCGGUUGCAGAAAGAAAUAACAGAAGGACUGGAUGGUCUACAUUUAUAUCACAUCUGUUUUGCAUAUUGAUUAAUAAUCUCUGAAGUUCUGUUUUCUGAAGACUUGUCACUUCACUUAAUAAACCACUUUACGAUGGAAUUUAUUUUGAAAAGACACUUGUGAAGUAAAAAAAAGAAAUGGAAGUGAAUUAAAAUAUAAUUCCUGGCUGUGUCCUACAUUCUCUGACUGAAUCUGUAAGCAAUAAAUGAAUUUCAAAAGGAAA